UUUCACCUGUUAAGAUGCGUAUUUAUUGCCUUGUUUUCAUUCUGCAAAAAGAGACAUUGAAGCUUUCUCUUGUGUCCGUUGAAGGAGCGGUUUAGGCAGCUAUAUCACCGUGGAUUGCUGCUACAGGCUCUGUCUGAAAACAUGGCAAGAAUAAAAGAGAAUCCCUGUGGCCUGUCCCAAGAGGUGACCCUGGCCGUGUUACCCAGACUGUACAUGGAAGAGGUGGUGACAGAGCUCAGGAGAAGGAACAUCAGUCCAGACACCGACACCGCGGGAAACUGUCGGGAACAUCUGCUGAGGAUUCUGCAGGACGUGAUGGAACAAGAGUACCGCGGGGCGGUCACAGGAGCGAGCUCAGAUCUGGGCAGCAGUUUGGACGUACUCCACUUGCCACAGGGAGAGGCCACAGCUGAAUGUAAUCCUCAAAACAGUACAACAAGAAACAUACAGGCUACUUCGUCUGACCCUUGCAGCCUACUAGACUUGGAAGAUUCGGACUUAAGCAAUGAUGGGGUGGAACAAAGUCAGCGUGCUGUUCAAAAACAAAACAGCAGACAGAAUGACAGCGUGACAGCUGAUGCUGUACCUGUCAGCGUCACUGUCAAUGAGAAUUUUGGCUGGAGUAUCUCAUCGAAAGAUAGCUCAACAGCUAGACGGAGCACUGAAAGAGAUGAGUUUGAUAACACAGUGCAACAUAGACAGUCCUGUGGGUUGAAACGGGAACCGGUUGAUCAAAACAGAGACGGUACGUCUGAAAAUGUGAUUGACAGGUGUCGCAAUUGUAGCUGCAGUUUUCACCGCGAUCCCAACAUUCCCACUGUCAUGGCGGAGGACUUGUUCGCGUCAUUUGGGAAUGUCGUGGAACAGGGACAAAAUGAGAACUUUGGUCUCGUGCUUCAUGAACUGGUGAAACAGGUCGCGGAAAAUCGGAGGGCGAUUCAAGAGAUUCGCGAUCAACAACAGCAGCGACUGCACGAGCCUGAUGUACAUGUAUACGGAGGCCAGGAGGAGGAUCAAAAUGGAAGAAGUAGAAAAAGACGCAAAACCACACACAAGUUCAAGGUGCCUGAUAACAAGUGUAGAGAUGAUGUGAGGAAGAUAUACAAGUCUCUCCUGGAAGGGGACAAUGAUUUCAACGGCUUCAACUUGAAUGAAACACUGACUUCCAGGUACAACCAGCAGGUACUCCAGACCCUGCACUGGGAGAUCGCCAAAGAGUACGGUGGGGAGGAGAAAUGUCCCUUUUCACCAAUGGAAGUUAAAGAUGCAGCAAGACGUUACUACCGAUCCCAGAGGGACGACAGAGUACGGCGAGAGAAAGGGAAGCUCAUGGCACACAGGAACGCUAUGAGGAAGGAACAACGACUCAUGCAGAAAGUGCACCGUAGGAGGAAGGCUUUGGAGAAAUGCAAGGACUCAUGGUCAGACCGUACUAAGCAGAUGGCGGCUGAGAUCCUGGCCAAGCCGUACCAGUCCUCUGAGUCGAGCGGUGAAGAGACCCAGGACCCCCCGCGGUUCACCGUGAGACGUCUCCCGUGGGAGUCCACCGCCCUGCGGAAACUGAAGGACUCGCUGGACGAGAUUUGCCCUCAGCGGGGGGCUGCUCGGGUACUGUCUAGUGAUUUCUCUGACAGAACAGUACCUGAAGGGACCCCCCCAUGGGCUGUGAAGGGGGUUUACCAGGGAGACUUGGAAGAAAGUAUGUCCGACAGUCUAGAAGACUAAAAAAAUGUCUUUAAGUCCAAAACAGCAUUUUUGUAGCAAUAAUUCAGCAAUAAUAUUUGUUUCAAUGUAAAUCUAUCUAACUGUCUAUAAUCAGUGAAUUACUGGCCAAUUAUUUGUUUUAGU